CCGCACUGGAUACGGCACGAUGAGAUCAUGCAUGCGAACACGCGCCAAUUAGCGCCCCGAUCAGUAUCCCAGCUAGCGCCCCAGUCAGACCACCAUGGGCAGUCGAAUGGCCGAUUGCAGCCAGAGGCGGCAGACAAUCCGUACAUCCACCGCCAACCUGAGGGACAAGGUUUCACGGACUAUCAUUGGUCCCGUCGUGAGCGCAUCUACCCCAGUGACCGGGCCGGCAUUAGCGCCCGCGCUGAUGGUGUCACCGCUCAAAUCCAGGAGAGAAGCUACGCGGGGUCAACCACUGACAGACUUUUCAUCCUCAACGCGCACCAAGCCCAGAUUACCUUCCAGACGGGGGCCAACGCGACAAGCCAGACCGUUCGUCGAGCAAAGCCUGUCAUAGCCACCUGAACGGCGAGCUCGAGUGCGAGGAGGACGUGAGACGGGAAGAGGGCCGUUGUUUACCACGAGAGCAAGCAUGAAUAUAUGACCUUGUACAUCUCCAUCAGGAACCAGCGGGUAGCUUACAAAUAUCUGACAUGUUGAUCAAGGAAAUGUUAGAGCAGAAUGAAUGAACCUUAC